UCUGAAGAGUUGCAGCAGGCUCUGCGAAACCUCCUCAUCUGGGACCUGUUUGUCUUUCGAGCGCUCCGUCACCUGCCGCAGCGUUUUCUCAUUUUUAGACAGGUUCAGUACAACCCAUGGGACAAAUCGGUGUCUGUACGAUUUCCAUUUGUUCUGAAAUCUUUUUAGAGCAGUUCUAAACAUCCAGAUCGACGUCUGAGAGAGCUCGGACAUGGAGGAAGAAGCUUAGUUUUAGAGUCUCUUCCUUUAAAGUUGCUCCAAAAUAAAAAGCGCACUUGUUAAUAUAUCCAAAUUCGUCUCAGAACUCUUAAACUUUAUUAACGUUUUUUUCCCACUUUACGACAAAUGUGUAUAAUGUGUUAGGCAAUGGGAAAAAUAUCUAACAAUUUAACACUUUAAGAUAUGGCUUAAUCAAGGAGCGACCAAACCUAUGCUUUUAUUUUUGAUAUACGAUGCUUCAACCGGAAGAAUUUUUUACGUGACUCGAAAAAACUUCACAUGCAUUAGCCAGCUGGAUGGGAGGAAAGGGAGUCGGGCAAAGACAAACAUGAACAAGCUGAAGUCCUCACAAAAGGAUAAAGUUCGUCAGUUCAUGAUUUUCACACAAUCCAAUGAGAAAACCGCACUGACCUGUCUGUCACAGAAUGACUGGAAACUAGAUGUUGCCACUGACAAGUUUUUCCAAAAUCCAGAGCUCUAUGUUUCAAAUCUAAAGGGGGCCUUAGACAAGAAGAAGCUUGAUCAGCUGUACAACAGAUAUAGAGAUCCUCAUGAUGACAACAAGAUCGGCAUUGAUGGCAUCCAGCAGUUCUGUGACGACCUGGCUCUGGACCCAGCCAGUAUAAGUGUCCUUCUCAUAGCCUGGAAGUUCAGGGCAGCAACACAGUGCGAGUUUUCAAAACAGGAGUUCAUGGAUGGCAUGACAGAACAGGGGUGUGACAGCGUAGAGAAGCUAAAAGCUCAGCUGCCAAAGAUGGAGCAAGACUUAAAGGACCAAGGGAAAUUUAAGGACUUUUACCAGUUUACAUUUAAUUUUGCAAAGAAUCCUGGCCAGAAAGGUUUGGAUUUAGAAAUGGCAAUUGCAUAUUGGAAUUUAGUACUGGCUGGAAGAUUCAAGUUCCUGGACUUGUGGAACAGUUUUUUAGUUGAGCACCACAAAAGAUCAAUUCCUAAGGACACUUGGAACCUCUUACUAGACUUCAGCACAAUGAUCACAGAUGACAUGUCGAAUUAUGAUGAGGAAGGUGCAUGGCCUGUCCUUAUUGAUGACUUUGUGGAGUUUGCACGACCACACAUCGGGACCAAAAGCACGGCAGUUUAAAGGCUGCUCUCACUAAAGGAACAUCGAUGUGAGGUUUCCAACAAACCACGGAGCGCAGUGAACGGAGGACAAGGGGACCGCACUGAGCUGAGAACUAUGUUGCCUUUUCAACCCUCAGGACUGAAAUAUUUUACACAGCAGAGACUUUAUAUAUGUGUGUGUGUAUUUAUAUAUAUAUAUAUAUAUAUAUAAAAAAAGGCAUAUCUC